UUCAAACCAAAAAGUAUUUGCUUCUGCACUGUCCAACCACCUCCUCUUCGGCUGCUGGAAUGGCACCAAGAAAAGGCCAUUUGAUCAGAGAACUUCAUGCUUCCAAGGAGACGUGGACCAUUGUUGUAAGGGUUGUAAGGAAAUGGAAUGUUACUCCUAAAAACAAGCCUUUAGAGGUAUUUUGUAUCAACAUGAUUCUCAUUGAUGAAGAGGGUGAGAGGAUACAAGCAAGUGUUACACAAAAGCCUCUUCUUGAACGUUUCAGAGAUAGGGCUGUUGAGGGAAGUACUGUAUUCAUAGCCAAUUUCAAUGUAGUAGAGAAUAACCAGUACAAAGCAACAAAUCACACUUACAAGAUCAUUUUUAAUGCAAACACUUUCAUAGAUGAAGAGAAAGCAAACAUACCAUGGAACUCUUUCUCUUUUAUGCCUAUUAGUGUUUGCCUUGAGCAAGAGAUUGCACCUGAAUACUUGAUUGAUGUUAUUGGAGUGUUAAAGUCCAUAGGAAAGCUUGAAGAGUACAGGACCGAAAAUGGAUUCCAAAACAAGCUGACUUUAACAUUGGCAGAUCAAAAUGGCACAAGUAUUGUAUGUGUGCUUCUUGGAGAGUGUGCCUCAAAUACCUAUUAUAGCUAUCUUGACAAUGAAAGGUUUCCAUUAGUGUUUGUCAUUCAACUGUGCCGACUUACUAUAGACAACAAGGAGGUCCAGAUUGGUUCAUCCUUCAAUGCAACAAAAGUGUGGAUGAAUCCAAAUAUUAAGGAAGUUUCAGAUUUGAUCGACAGUGCCAAGGAAAGCUCAUCUCCAAACAACUCUUGCUUCAGCCAAGUUAUACCAAUUCAAACUACACAACUCUCUGCAAACUCUAUGUUGAGAUCCACUAAGAAGAUUAUGAUUUCUGACAUCGACACAAUGAAAGUGGGUGAUCCAUUUAUUAUAGAGUGUGUAAUAGAGAAAUUAGAGACUAAUCCAGGCUGGACAUAUGAGGGUUGUAUCAGAUGUGGAACCAAACAUAGGCCUAAUUCAAAAGGAAUUAUGGUUUGCCCUUCAUGCCCCAAUGAUAUGACUCAAACUGAAUUUAAGCUCAAAGCACACUAUAACGUGUCUGAUGAAUCUGGAAAUACCUCUGUUGUCUUUUUUGACAAGCAUGCGUAUGAGUUCACUCUAAAAACUGCUUCUGAGAUAAAAGAGCAGCUGCAUAAAGAAAAUCGUUCAUAUGCCUUCCCAGAUGAGCUUGAAGAUGUGGUAGGGAGAAAAAUGCUGCUCAAGCUAAAGCGUACAAGCUACAAUCUUGAACAUCCUAACUCUAGCAUUGGUGUGGUUCAAUACACAGCAUGUCAAGACCUUCUUGAGCAAUUUAAAGAGGCUUCAGUAGAGGAGGGUACCAAUUCAGGUCUGGCUAUUAUGGUCUUAGAGGGUACUAUAGUUAAAGAGGGAGUGAAUGAGGUGGUUCCAACAGCCUCAGACUUUAAGAAUAGUCAUGAAGAAUCAACUAUGGGUUCAUCUCUUUCCAAAGUUGAACCAAUAAUGUCUCAGGACAUUGGGCUUGAUGAAAUGACUAUAUCUCAGCUGUAUCCUCCUCCAUUGCCAAGAGGAAAGAGGAAGCAAUAUUUGAAAAAGAGUGCAGAAGUCCAGCAAAUUAAUCCCCAACCUCAACCAUCUACUUAUGCCAUGCCUAACACCAAGCCUGUCAAGAUAAUUAAACAAGAAAAACCUUGA